UAGCGAUACGACUCACUUCAACGUUGCCUCUGUUCCUCGAACUCUGUCUCGUGAACCGAGUUCGACAAGGUAUCAUCUCCUUCUCGAAGCGCAUGGCGAGUUUGUACCAACGUAUUUUUACCAGUAGCUUUACUACCAGCGACGGAAUUAGAGUUAGUUACCUUGUUGUGCGUUUCGUGCACUGCUGAAUCUAGUAGCUUCGUGUUCGCGGCUCGAUGGCGUCUUCAACGCGAGGAAGCAUUGGAUUGGAUGGCGCGGAGUCCCAAUACUGUGAUCUCUCUGUAGACUCCGACCUAUUUGCUGCUAGGCAAGCUGGUGAAGAGUCGAAGUGCUGACGAGGCUUGUAUUGCAGGGGCGUGGACUCACAGCAGGGCAGGCCGACCGCACUCUUCGCGUAUUCGCAACGGCUAACACUAUCGACUUGUCCAACAAUGAGAUCGACAAGAUCCCGGCGUCAAUCCCUUCUGAAGUCGUGACGCUGGACAUUUCAUUCAACAUCAUUGCGAACAUCCAAGGGAUCGAGCGCUUGAAGUUUGUACAGGAACUGCACUUGGCGUUUAACCGCCUCGAUGACGUGAGUGCGCUUGAAUUCUGCCCACGACUCGUCCGUGUCAACUUAAGUGGGAACAGGCUUAUGAGCACAAAAGGACUGGAAACACUCGAAUGUUUGGAGAACCUAGAUAUCUCCGACAACCUCAUUGAAUUUCCAGAGGCGCUGAGAGCUCUUUCACUCAACCAGAAUCUUACUCAUCUGACUAUUCGAGGCAACCCCCUCAGUCAAAGGCCUGGCUACCAUGUUCCAAUGCUGGACAUGAUCCCCAGUCUAAUAAUUCUGGACGACAAGAAAAUGCGGAGUAAGGCCGCACACAAGACAAAAGAAGUGUCGGCCACCAAGUCCCUCUCAUAUUCACGGAUUUACGAUGACAAGAAGCAGUUCGUGAUCCACAAGCAGACUCGGCCACGCCCUGCCAUGACUGUACAACCAUUACUCCCUGGAGAUCCUGCAUCAAAAUAUGAUGGUACAAUGUUUCUCCCGCCUCCGAUAGAACCCACUCACGAACGCGUUCGAGCGGGCCUACAGAAGUAUCAACUAGGUACAGUACCGAUAUCACCGCCACCCAGACCAUUCUCGCCGAGUAUGUCCAAGGCCAACUCGCCAUCGAAGUGUCGAGCUGCUCCCUACUUGAGUAUGUAUGACCGGCUCGCGCAGUCGAAUGGAGUUUCAUUCAAUCGACCCAUUACUCCGACCGUCAAGCCCAUCUUAGAUCCAAAACCAAGCAAACCCGACAUUGCAGCUUUGACGAAGCUUCGGGGUGAAGAUCAGUCUGCAGCUGUAUGCCUACAGAAAGCUGUCACGAAGCCAACCAACGAAAGUACUCGAGCAGGGGCCAGUACACCAAGGCAUUCAGUCACUGUUUCUAACCAGAAACAACAACAGGAGCAACAACGGCGAACUCCAUCAAUCGCGCGCAGUUCUUCAGGCAAACGUUCAUCAAUCAGAGCUGACAAUGCAGCACCUGCAGCCACUGGUCACACCCUGGACGACAAGCAGAGGAAUGUCUUAAGCGUAAUUCAAAAUCUGAUCGAACACAAGAAACAAACUCUAGCGACUCUCGGGGCGCAAAAGGUAGAUACAACACCAACCCCGACUCGUUCGCGCGUAUACAAUGCACCAGGUCAAAGCGUACGAUAACCAGCCAGAAGAGAGGGGAAUGUAGAUUGAGACCAAGUCAAAUAAAUAUCACGUUAAGAUUUUCGACCAUGGCCUC